GUAUCUCUUUAUAUUGCAACUAAAAAAAGUAAAGGAGAUGCAUAGUAACAUUCCAACUCUAUAAAUACUCAUCAUAUAUAUGUCUCUCCCCCAAACUUCAUAUCUUAACCAUUGGUGUCUAGAAAAACCAAAUAUCUAUCUCUUAUUUAUCAUGGUCAUGGCUGCUUCCUUUGGGUUACAUGCAACAAAAAAUUGUGGUCCAUUUAGCUCAUCAACAUAUGCAUCAUCAAAAUCCUCUAAUAAAUGUAGUGAUGCUAAUAAUAAAAGAAACUCAUUGUCCUUUGGCAAUAAUCAAAGUUUCAGCACUAGUAGUACUAGUAAAGGCGAUAAUAAGAACAACAACAACAAUAACUUAAUGGCUACUCAUGUGGCCACUAGAUUGCCUCCUGUAAUUGCUCCUCUUCCUACACCAGAAAAGGAAAAAACAAAGAAUGGUGGCACACUAACUGCUUGGACAAGCAUUAAGCAAGAAAGAUGGGAGGGUGAGCUUCUUGUGCAAGGUCAUAUACCUUCAUGGCUGCGUGGAACAUAUCUAAGAAAUGGUCCAGGCUUAUGGCAUACAGGAGACUACCAUUUCCGGCAUCUCUUUGAUGGUUAUGCCACCCUUGUCAAGCUUCACUUUGAGAACGGAACGCUCGUCGCCGGCCACCGCCAGCUCGAAUCCGAGGCGUAUAAGGCAGCAAAGAAGAAUCAGAAAAUAUGUUACCGGGAAUUUUCUGAAACCCCUAAACCUAAAAAUUUCUUGGCUUACAUUGGUGACUUAGCCAAACUCUUUUCUGGUGCUUCACUUACUGAUAAUGCUAAUACAGGAGUGGUGAGGCUUGGAGAUGGACGAGUAGUAUGUCUUACAGAGACACAAAAAGGAUCCAUAAUAAUUGACCCUAACACAUUGGAAACGUUGGGAAAAUUUGAUUUUAAUGACCCUUUUGAAAGGUUACUCUUACACUCAGCUCAUCCAAUUGUAACAAAAAAUGAGAUGUUGACUUUACUACCAGAUUUGGUCAACCCAGGAUAUUUAGCGGUCAGGAUGAAAGCAGGAUCAAAUGGACGGCGGGUGAUUGGUAGAAUAAAUUGUCGUGGUGGGCCCACCCCUGGGUGGGUCCACUCUUUUCCUGUGACUGAAAAUUACAUAAUUGUGCCAGAAAUGCCCUUGAGAUAUUGUGUAAGGAAUUUGUUGAGGGCUGAACCUACACCACUUUACAAGUUUCAGUGGCACCCUGAAUCUAAAGCAUUUGUGCAUGUGAUGUGUAGAUUCAGCGGCAGCUUGGUGGCAACGGUAGAGGUGCCAUUGUUCUUGACAUUCCAUUUCAUAAACGCGUAUGAGGAAACAGACGAGGAAGGCAACGUAACAGCAAUUAUUGCAGACUGUUGUGAGCACAAUGCAGACGCUUCUAUCCUUGACAAGCUAAGGCUCACAAAUUUGCGCUCAUUUAUAGGCCAAGAUGUUCUUCCAAAUGCAAGGGUUGGUCGUUUCAGAAUUCCCAUGAAUGGGAUGCCAUACGGGAAACUAGAGGCAGCACUGGACCCAGAGGAGCAUGGGAGAGGCAUGGAUAUGUGCAGUAUUAACCCUUCCUACUUGGGUAAAAAAUACCGUUACGCUUACGCUUGUGGGGCUCGCCGCCCUUGUAACUUCCCCAACACUCUUACAAAGAUUGAUUUGGUUGAGAAGAAGGCAAAAAACUGGUAUGAAGAGGGUGCUGUCCCUUCUGAGCCAUACUUCGUAGCUCGCCCUGGGGCAACUGAGGAGGACGAUGGAGUGGUAAUAUCGGUGGUUAGUGGGAAAAAUGGAGAAGGAUAUGCAUUGCUUCUUGAUGGUUCUACCUUUGAAGAGAUUGCGCGUGCGAAAUUCCCUUAUGGUCUUCCUUAUGGCUUGCAUGGAUGUUGGAUUCCUAUGGAUUAACAACUUAUUCUAGGAAGCUACAAUUUAACCCUAUUAAGCUGGAAAACAAGAUGAAAUUGAAGAUUAAUGCUAUGAUAAGAGUAUAAGACCAACCAACGAAGGAACUUGAACCUUGUUAUAAAUAUACUUCAUAUACUACUUUGUGAUCAGUCUUCACCUAUGUAAUUUGUACAUACAUAUGAAUAUAUAUGUACAUAAUUAAACUAGGUCAUGUAUUUAUGUUAAAAGUAUAUAGUAUAGAUAUUCUUCAUACUGUAAGGUAUAGUGUAACUUCAAUUCAAGCAUAUGGGUUGUCCUUGUGUAAUAUGUGCACUAGUGUAAUAUGUGCACUAUUGGUUUUUGGAGUAAGGUUUCAUCCAAGUAAUCAAGUAUAUAUAUAUAUAUAAAAUACAAUUUGGAAAAUAAUAAUGAUAUUGGUUGAGAUUUGAUUCC